UGUACGUGAGACAGUUAGGGAUGCUGUGAUUGGCGCGCCGCCACCUCUCUCAGUCGGUGGUAACGAUAGGAGCUCGUUGCGCGUUUCUCAGUGGGGUCGGGCGUCAUGGCAGCGAGGAACUACGGUACUCAGUUGGACUUGGGCUGGAUCUCCAGUGUUCGUGUGAAUCAACCUGCUGUACUGAGACGUGCUGAACAAAUUCAGACAAGGAGGUGUUUGUCCAAGGAGUGGCAAGCUGCAUGGCUCUUGAAGGCUGUAACCUGUAUUGACCUUACCACCCUGUCUGGUGAUGACACGCCUUCAAAUGUCCAGAGGCUGUGCCAUAAAGCUAAGCACCCCAUCAAGGAGGACCUACUGAAGUGUUUGAACAUGGAUGAUAAAGGUAUUACUACUGGUGCGGUUUGUGUUUACCCAUCCAGGGUGGUUGAUGCAGUACGAACUCUGAGGACCAUACAGUGCAAUAUUCCUGUUGCCUCGGUGGCAACUGGCUUCCCUGCUGGCCAGACACCACUGUCUAUACGCUUGCAGGAGAUAACGAUGGCUAUUCAAGAUGGUGCUACAGAGAUUGACAUCGUAAUCAACAGAACUUUAGUGCUGAAAGGCCAAUGGGAAGAAUUGUACAAGGAAAUUCAAGAAUGCCGCAAUGCUUGUGAAAAAGCACACAUGAAAACCAUACUAGGAACAGGAGAGCUGGGAUCAUUGACAAAUGUAUACAAAGCAAGUCUUGUGGCCAUGAUGGCAGGUUCUGAUUUUAUAAAGACUUCUACAGGAAAAGAAGGGGUAAAUGCCACAUUCCCUGUUGCCCUGGUGAUGGUGAGGGCCAUCAAAGAUUAUUACAGGAAGACGGGCUAUAAGGUUGGAUUUAAGCCAGCAGGGGGUAUUCGCACAGCGAAGGAUGCUCUGUCUUGGCUGAUACUGAUCAAAGAAGAGCUGGGAGACUGCUGGCUAAAUCCGAAUCUCUUCCGAUUGGGUGCCAGUUCUUUACUGACUGACAUUGAAAGACAGAUCUAUCAUCAUGUAACAGGAAGGUAUGCAGCAGCUCAUGAAUUGCCAAUGGCUUAAAAGAACGUGUAUUACUGCCUGUCAGAAAAUAGCCCUGGAUUCUCAUUCCUAAAUCAUUCCUUCGUUUCUGAUUUUUUUUCUUUUUCCAGAGUUUUGCAAACACUUCUGUUGCAAUUUUUAAAAAGCAUCAUUUUUGCUGUUCUUCAUGCCAAUUUUUCACAUGACGUGUUCUGAACAAAUUGCCUGCUGUGCUAACUUGUAUAUAUUUUAAGGUACUUUGGUCAAGUGAGAUUUAAGAAAUUCAUUUUGAUCAUUUAUACUGAGAGUUUUCUGGGCCAUUUAAUUAUUAAGAUAGUGAAGGGUUUGUCCUUUAAGAGCUGUAUGUGGCAGAUCAUUCUGUGAAAUAGUUUUAUUUUAUCACCACUAUAAAAUACACACUAUAGUGAUCAAUGCAUUUGAGGUCCUUCCUGUCAGAAGACUGGGUUAGUGAAGUGCACUGUGAAUUCUGAUCCCACUUCUGUCAAUGGAGGUCCGCUGCUGGAAUUACAGGAUCACAGAAUCUGCCUAUGUGUCGGUCCUUUGCUCAAUUUGGAGGUAAACUUACCAAAUAAGUACAGCUUCAUUUAAGCACCUCUGUUAGGAGACAUCCUGAGCCCUCAGUCAGUCUUCUGCACUGUAGAUCAUGUUAACCUAAGUAACUAAUAUAAGCAAAUGUUAAUAAUUUUUUCAUGUUUAAUAAAAAUGAAUAUGUAUAAAUA